AUGGGAUAUCUAAGAUCACGUGUUGGAACUCUUAUUUCAACGAAUACACUUAUGUCAACAACACGUGAUAAAGAUGUUGCUCGUCAAUUUAUAGCUGGUGCUGAAACUGGUGUUAUAUUUGAAAUAAAUACUAAAACAGCCAAUAAUGAUAAUAUUCAUCCAUUUGCAAAUAUUUCUCAAUUCAGCUCAUUUGAACAGGAAGAAGAAAUUUUAUUCUUUGUUGGUACAGUUUUUCGUAUUGAUUCUGUUGAAAAAGAAUACGAUUCAAUAUGGAUUAUUAAACUUACUUUUGAUAAUGAAACGAUUGAACAUAUGGAACAGUUAAGAAAUGCCGUUCAACGACAUUUUACUAAUCGAAUAUCUUUGGAUCCUAUGUUUUCAAAAGACAAUAAUUUUAACCUAAUAAGAAAAUACUACACAACAUUAACAAAUAAAAGAUUCAAUAUUAAUGAUUUCAUUAAAUAUGCAGCAGUUAUAAAUAUAAAUUAUCUAAUCGAAAAUGCGAGCAAUUACGAAAAACUUAACGAAUAUUAUAAAGAGUUUCUAUUGAAUGAAAGUCUUAUGGACGAGGCGAAAAUUAUUGUCUUAAAUAUAAUUAUUGGUUAUAAUUAUUUCCAUCUUUUUGAAUAUGAUGAUGCUUUACAUCACUAUGCUGUUGCUUAUUCAUUAUUACCUGACACCACGCUAUUAACAAGUGAACUUUUCAAUCAUAUUGGUGAUGUAUGGACUGCAAUGAAUAAUUUUCAAAGUGCAUUAGUAUGUUAUCAAAAAGCAUUACAAAUUUUUAAUAAAUUCGGUCCUAGGCCACGUGAUAUCGCUAACAUGUGUAGAAAAAUAUCUGAUCUAUGUCGAACACAUAAUAAUUCCGAUCUGGCCAUUCGGUAUCAACACGAAGCAAAUCAACUUGAUCAACAUUUCGGCAUGAGAACAGACUUAGAUGAUGAAAAACAGUUUCAAUACUAUCAAAAUCAAUUGAAUACUGAUUUUCAUCUUGUACCAGAUGAACGAGCUCACCUCCUGUAUCACAUCGUUUCAAAUAAUAUUACAUGUGAUUGA